UAUAUGAAUAGUAAAUAUCAAAACUCAGGAUGUAAAUUGAAAGAAGAUGCUCCAUCUGAUGGAUUAUAUAAUUAAUCAAAAUAAAGUGCUGAUUUUAAUGGGAACCUAGAGUUCUCAAAAAAUAAGAGUAAUUCGGUAGCUUCAUCUUUAAAUGGAAUGUCAGAACAUAUUAAUGAUGUUACACCUCCAUUUGGUAAUAAAGUAGAUCUUAAAGGGUUUUAACCUGCAGAUUUAGAAUUAUUCCCUUUCGAACCAAAAUCAGAAAAAAACAAGUAUGAUAAAUUAUAUCAACUCUAAGUUUUCGUUUUUUAUAUGAAUUUUGGCCUUCAUUCAACUAGAUUUUUUGUUAUGGUAGAUUUAUGACAGGUCCUAAAGGUGAUAGAUAUCAUAAUAUAUUUACUUGGAUUAUGAUUAUUGGAAUAAGCACUUGUUUUUUUGUAAUUGUUGCACCAUAUGUUUGGUAAAAAUUGCAUUGGCUUUAUGUUUUAAUUGUAAUUUAUUUAUUUAUAAGUACAAUACUAUUUUUAGUGUUAACUUAAGUAAUCAUAUUAAUUAUAUUUUAAAUAGUUCUCUGAUCCAGGAAUAAUACCAAGAAAAACUAUAUUAGAAUUAUCUGAUUAAAAUACACAUUUUAUUAGUAAAGAAGAUGCUAAAAUUGAAGGAACUGGCGGAUGUCCAGAUAAAAGGAAAAAGAAAUAUUAAAAUUAAGAAUAAAGAAUUUGUUCAACUUGUUAAAUUGUUAAACCAUUAAGAUGUUCUCAUUGUAAAGAUUGUGGAAAUUGUGUUUAAGUUUUUGAUCAUCAUUGUCCAUUUGUUAACAAUUGUAUAGGAUAAAGAAAUUACAGGUUUUUUAUAGCAUUUUUAGUUUCAUUGCUUCUUUUAGCAAUUGGAGAAUUAGGAGGAUUCUUAAUAUUAUUUAUAGGAAAUUUUGGAGAAGGUAUAUCAGGAAAAGAUGGCAUAUGUAAUAUAUAUUUAAAAUAUCAUAUAAGUGAUAUAAAAUUAGACCAUUUUAGUUAUAGUGUUAUUUGCUUUAGGAAUUCCAACGAUCUUAUUGACUUUAUGUAUAUUAGUUUUUGCUUGUUUUCACAUUUGCUUAGCUUACAACGGAAAAACAACGAAAGAACAACUUUAAAAAAAGAAAAUAACAAAUAAAGGUAUUAUACCAUCUACUGUAUGGUGUGAUAAAGCAAAAUCCUUAUUUAAUCUACGUCAAAAAAUUCAUAUUUCAAAAGUUUAAAAAUUACAGCUAGUUGCUUGAUAAUUAAAUCGUUUUUAUUAUAUUUUUUGUUCCAAC